CUAUGACUUCAAAACCUUCAAAACAAGGAUUAAUUCUUAACUUUUGAAAUCGUGAGCUAAUUUUACAAUUCUGACUUUGUGGAUUAUUUAAAGAAGAAUAUAAUUUAAAGCAUUGAAAUACUAAAAAAUAUAAAUAAAAAGUGUAAACACUUAUAAACACAAAUUCACUUCAAUUUUGCAAUAAAAUGGACUAUAACUCAGGUUACAAUCAACCUGCCUAUGGCGGACAAACUGGUCAGCUGGAAAUUGGCCAUGGACCAUAUCCAUCCAUAGGAGCGGGGGGGACAAUAUCACCUCAAGUUCAGCAAUGGUUCCGAGCAGUCGACAAAGACCAGUCUGGCUUUAUUACAGCAAUAGAAUUAAAAUCUGCUUUAGUAAAUGCCCAAGGACAAACUUUCUCGGAGACUGCAUGUAACUUAAUGAUUGGUAUGUUUGACAAAGAUCGUUCAGGCCACAUAAAUUUAGAAGAGUUUGACAAACUAUAUACUUACAUCAAUCAGUGGCUUGCGGUAUUUAAAACUUAUGACACGGACCAAUCUGGACACAUUGACGGACCAGAGUUAUCUAAAGCUUUGAUGCAAAUGGGAUUUCGAUUCACCCCAGAAUUUAUCAACUUCUUAAUCAAAAGAUGCGAUCCCAAUGAGGGAAAAAUAUCAGUGGAUAAUUUCAUUGUUCUAUGUGUCCAAGUACAACGUUUCACUGAAGCAUUUCGAGUGAGAGACACUCAACAAAAUGGAACAGUAACAAUUGGAUUUGAAGAUUUCCUCAACAUUGCUCUCAGCUGCUCCAUAUAAUUGACGAAUUUAUAAGCUAAGCUUUUAUGCGAUAUUUUCAUAUGCUAUAGAUACCUGAACAUACUUCAUGUUUGAAGCUAUUUGAACGCCUUACUGCAUACAAUGAACAAAUAAAAAAAAAAUGCACUGUUUUUAGAUCUGAUUUGACAUACACACAUGGUUUAAAAAAAGUGAUGUAUAAAAAAAUGUUUUUAAUAAAAUAAUAUUUACAAUGUACAU